UAUAAAUGAAAUUCAAUUGUCAGUUGUUUUUGUUCCUUUCCUCUCCAUCACAUUUGAUAUAUGGAGAUUGAUUUUUAAUUUCUUUUCUUGGCUGGAACUUGAGCAAAUGAUUCUUCUCUUUGUUCCAGUUUGAUUUCAUUCUUCUUUGGCUUUAUUUUCAUACUAAUAUAUUUCAUUGUUCCUAGCGAACGGUGGUAAGUUUGAUAAUUCCACUUUAUUUUUUCUGGAUUCGCUGCUAACUACAUAAUUACGUUUUAAGUAUAGAAGUGUCAACUUGCAAAGAAGGAAAAAAACAUGGGAGAGGAAACGACAGUGAGCUUACAUGGGAUGUGGGCAAGCCCUUACGCUAGAUGGAUAAAGAUUGCCCUUAAAAUUAAGGGCAUCAACUAUGAAUAUGUAGAAGAGAACUUGAAAAAGAAGAGCCAAAUUCUACUUAGGUACAAUCCAAUUUACAAGAAAGUACCUUUGCUAAUUCAUGAUAACAAUCCAAUUAUAGAGUCAUUAGUUAUUCUACAAUACAUUGAUGACACUUGGAAGGUUUCCCAACCACUCUUGCCACUUGAUUCUUACUCAAGAUAUAUUGUCAGAUUUUGGGCUGAUUUCAUUAUCAAUCAGCUUGACAUGUCUCUCAGAAAAGUGAUAACUAGUGAGGAAAUUGAUGAAGAAAUGAACAUUGAAGAAGUAAAAAUGAAAUUAAACAUUCUAGAAGCAAGUAUGAAUACUAUAUUUCCAUAUGAUCCACCUUCAAGUUGUGAAGAAAUGAGGAUGUUAGAUAUAUUGAUGUGUACUUUGCCCACCAUCAUCAAAGGCAUUGAAGAAGCUUUCAAUAUAAAGUUAAUGGAUGCAAAAGAAUAUCCAUUGAUCUUCUCAAGGAUGUCAUCUCUUAGUGAUCUUACCGUUGUAAAAGAAACUGCGCCAUCGCAUGAAAAAAUGAUUAAAUUUUAUCGCGCUUAUCGCCAUCUUUAUAAUUCUAAAUAGUUUAAGUUUAUAGUAUUCUGUCCGUCACAAUCAAAGUGUAAUAUUAGAGCUUUAUAAAAAAAUAUAUUGCAUUUUUAAUGAGACAGAAUACUAUAAGAAGUAUAAUAUGGAAAUGGAAGUUUUCAUCUUUAUCUAAGUAAUUAUUAUCCAGUGUGAUUUUAGCUUGUGCUUUGUAAAAGAUUUAGGCACUACUAUGUUUCUUCGUUUAAUAUUUUAUGUACUUUUUCAAGGUUUGUGUCUGUUAUUUUAAUUUUAUACAUUUUCUAUGCA